AUGGCGAGCGUCGUGGCAACUGCGGCAGCAGAGGUCUCCGUAGUCCAGCCGACGGAGACCGGGCCGUCUAGCUUCUCCCCCGCGGCGUCACCGGCCCAGAAGCAACCACUCAUGGCACCUGGCCCCGCCGCAGCCCCGCAGCCCCCCACGCGCGCGCCGCGCCGCACCGACAUCACCAUCAAGGACUUCCAGCAGAAGGCAUACCUCGGCGACGGCUCCUUCAGCGACGUCAUCCUCGCGCGCCUCAAGGGCGACAACAAGGAUGUCGCGCUGAAGGCCAUGGACAAGAUGCUGCUCGUCCGCGAGAAGAAGGUCGAGGCCGUCAAGACCGAGCGCCAGAUCCUCGACCGCCUCGACCACCCGGGCGUCGCGCGGCUCCUCUACACCUUCCAGAGCGAGACGACGCUGUAUUUGGCGAUGGAGCCCUUCCUGCGGGGCGAGCUGUUUGACCAAAUUCGCCUGCGCAGGGGGCUCCCGCUCGACGCCGCGCGGCAGUGGGCCGCCGAAAUCGUCGACAUCCUCGCGUACCUGCGGCAAGAGGGCGUGAUCCACCGGGACAUCAAGCCGGAGAACUUCCUCCUGGACGAGCGCGCGCACCUCACGCUGAUCGACUUCGGCUCCGCGAAGGAGGUGGGCGGCCCGGACCCCGACGGCAACUCCUUCGUGGGCACCGCGGACUACGUGCCGCCGGAGCUCCUCGACAAGAAGCCCGUGACGCCCGCGGCGGACCUGUGGGCGUUCGGCUGCGUCCUCUUCCAGAUGCUCACGGGCGCGACGCCCUUCUGCGGCGACACGGAGUACCUCACCCUGCAGCGCAUCCACGCGCUGGACUACGCGCUGCCGAGCGACGCGGACGCCGACGCGGCGGACCUCGUGCGGCGGCUGCUGGUGCGGGAGCCGGAGGAGCGGAUCGGGUUCGCGGACGUGGGCGAGGUGCAGCGCCACGCGUUCUUUGCGGGGGUGGACUGGGGGGCGCUGCGGGAGCGGGAGGGGCCGGAGGUGGUGGAGCUGCCGCGGGCGCCGCGCAUGGGGAGCAGCAUGGCGGAGGGCGACAGCUCGCACAGCAUCGGGGCGGACCUGGAGAAGCUGGGCCUGCGGUAG